CUUUAUGAAGUGGUUACACUUGGCCAAUUUCUAGAGUGACAGUUGGAGUGAUUCAAGUUUUUGGCGCCGUUGUCGGGGAUGGCUAGGUUGUUGAAGAAAAGUGAUUUUUGUUACUUUAGCAUUUUCAUUUUCGCAUUGAUUGUUUGUUCUUUCCCACUUGUGCCUUCACGGGUUGGCAUUGCUUGAGUGUGUGCAGAUAGUGCCAACUUAGGAGACAACAACGAGCUAGACUGGCUACGGAAGAGUGCAUAGACGGCCAUUUGAGCAGCGAGUCCGAGGACGAGUACAUGAUGGAAGGAGAACACAACCCACCCCCGGGGAAUUCUCUCCAGGUUCCCCCGGUGAAUCAGCUCUUGGGGAACAACCCCAUACCCCAGGCAGAUGGGGUUCAUCAUCACCGACCACGACCGGGUCCCACCUUGGAGUACUACUACACUCCACGGAUUGCUGACAUCCGCCCGGUCAUCCUCUAUUCGCCCAUUCCAGCAAACAACUUCGAGAUCAAGCCAUGUUGGAUUCAACUCAUUACAUCCUCUAUCCAGUUCCACGGCUACGCCUCCAGUAGCUUAGUGUCAGUGGUGUGAGAGCCCGAAUCAUCUGGUGGAGGACUGCCAGGCUAUGAGGGAGUCCUCUACACCCCAGGAGCAGUUGGCCUUCAUCGCCAAUGCGCGGCGCCUCGAUCCAUACAGUAACACAUACAAUGAGGGGUGGCGCCAGCAUCCCAACUUCGCUUGGAGUAGUAACACCACUAAACCACCUGGUUUCCC